AUGGAAGCAGUAAUGGGGUACUGCAGUAAUGAGUUUGGAAUGGAGGAAACAAAUUCAAAUAGUGUAGAGUUCGGAAUGGGAGAAUCAAGUGUUAUUGGAAUUGAAACUGCGGCCAAUUCUGUAAAUGCUCCUAAACCACUACUAGGAAUGAAGUUUAAUAGUCAUGAAGAAGCUUAUAACUAUUAUAACUCUUAUGCAUUGUUGAUGGGUUUUGGAAUAAGGAAGAGCAGUGUGAAUUACUCUCGCAAGACUAGAGAAGUGGUAGACAGAAAGUUUGUUUGUGAUAAGGAGGGCUAUAAACCUAAUAGUGGCAAGAUAGAGAUCCCUCUUCGGCGAGAGACCCGAGUGGGAUGUAAGGCAAUGAUGCGAGUUAAAUUAUUGGAGGACAAAUCGUGGGAGGUCACGGGGUUUGUUGAAGAACAUACAAAUCAUGUGUUGAGUAGUCCAGACAAAGCAAAAAUGCACAGAGCACAUCAAUAA